AUGAAAGAAGAGUCUGAGGCAGGUGAGUUUGAGGAGGUGAGAAGUGAGGAGAUUGAAGAAGAGGAGAUUGACGAUCAAUUUAUUGAUGAAGAAGCACAAGAAGAAGUGGCAGAGGAAUGGGAUGAAUGGGAGGAAGACGAAGAUGUAAUUGACGAACUUGAGGAUGACUCUGAUGUUGAUCUGGUAUAA